AUGGCUUCAUUAGAACGCUACGAGACUGUAUACACACGCCAUCCUGGUUUCCAAAAAGGAUCUAAGCCGCUCCUUGUAGUAGAUAACCCAUUCCCAAUGGAACUUCCAGAAAAUCUUGUUGGGGAGAAAUGGGCCUUUAUCCAAUUGCCCUUUUCAGCUGUUCAAGAGGAAAUCUCAUCCUUGGACUCAAACCUUAUGUUUGGUGCGAGUCUAGAUUUGGAUUUGUUGGGGAUUGAAAUUGAUGACAAGACAUUGAUUCCAGGAUCUUCACGUGCUAAAGCUCUAGCAGCCGAUUUGUCAUGGGCUCGCUUGAUUCUUUCUGUUGGAAUUCCUGUGCGAUAUAUUUAUGCUACCUACAAUAAAACUCCUGAAACAGCAAGUGAAGCUGAAGCUUGGGAAGCAGCAAAGAAGGAUUGUGGAGGUUUGCACUUCCUUGCAAACCAGGGUGACUUGGAUUCGGAUUAUUGUGUUGGAUUUUGGCUUCUACUAGACUUGCUACCUCCACUUGUAUAG